AUGACCAGUACCUCUGCCAGCUGCGGAAUCGGAAUCACCAUGCAGACUCGCACCUCUGUCAACCAUCUUGGUCGCAAGCGCUGUCCGCACAUCACCAUCGUGGAGAAGAACAAGUGCAUGCGGCCAUACUGCACCUCGGUGGAGCUGCAAGUGGAGCUGCCCGAUCCGACUUGUCCCACCACACAGUGGAGUGAUUGGAGCCCGUGCUCAGCCACCUGUGGUCGCGGCGUGACCAUCCGCACCCGUCUCUUGUUGCUGGAGAACGGACCCGAGAAGGAGAACUGCACGCAGCGAAUGGAGCUGUAUCAACAGAAGGAGUGUGUUAACCCGCAGGACUGCCACAUCAAUAUGGAGCUGGCCAAGGACAUUUGCGUUCAACAGCCGGACUCUGGUCCUUGCCGCGGCAGCUACCAGCGCUACGCCUUCAAUCCGCACACCCAUCGCUGCGAUGCGUUCAGCUACGGCGGUUGCCGUGGAAACCGGAACAACUUCCUUACGGAGAACGACUGUCUGCACACCUGCAGCAUGACAGGCUCCGCCUCGAGCACAGCUCACCAGGAUGGCAAUCUACCCAAAGGCUGCAUCAUGUCCGAGUGGGAAAAUUGGUCGGCCUGUAGUGUCAGCUGCGGCCUCGGCUUCUCCGAGGCCCAUCGCUUUGUCAUAAGCGAGCCGGUGCAUGGCGGCCAGUCCUGUCCCAAGCGUUUGGUCAAACAUCGUCGCCAAUUACUCAAUGUACGUCUCCACAGAGAUUCAAAUAAACACAAUUACAUAUUUUCACCUAUUUUCUAUUGA